AUGACUACAUGGAGUAGUGGGUUAAAGGACCUGUACCAUAGAUCCUCAGAAAAUCUCAAUGUGUCACAAAAAGAAGCAUUGAAGUGUCUAUUGGAGAAACAUAAAGAUGCUUUUUCCAGUUCCUCCACAGAUUUAGGGCGUACUUCUAUAGUGCGACAUACAAUUGAAGUGCAAGAAAAUGUUCGACCUCUUAAAAUACCACCUAGACGGGUGCCAAAAGCGUUCGAAGGCCAAGAAGAAAAAAAUAUUCAACAACUUGAAAUGGGAAUAAUUGAAGAAAGAUUUUACCAAAUAGAACUGGAUGAGAGAGAUCGUGAAAAGACUGCAUUUGGCACCAGCAGGGGCGGUCUGUAUCAAUAUGUUACUACUAUGCCGCAGGGCCUUACAGGGGCUCCACAUACAUUUCAGCGGUGUAUGGAAUUAGUGUUUAAGAACUUACAAUGGAGGACAAUCAUUAUUCAAUAA